AUGGUGAUGAUCUCGGUGGACCGCUACGUGGCCAUCUGUGACCCCCUGCGCUACACCGCUAAGGUCACCUACAGGAGGGUGCAGCUGUCGGUGUCGGUCUGCUGGAUCUUCUCCACGGUGCUGCAGACUCUGCUGCUGUGGAGGAACCUGGAGCGUCCCGGCAGGUUCGUCUCCUGCUCCGGUGAAUGCGUGGUGGGCAUAGACUACGUUUCCGGCCUGCUGGACGUCCUGCUGUCCUUCAUCGGGCCCGUCGCCGUCAUCGUGCUGCUGUAUCUGAGGGUGUUCGUGGUGGCGGCGUCUCAGGCCCGAGCCAUGAGGUCCCACGUGGCCUCGGUGACGCUGCAGGGCUCGGUGACGGUGACGGUGAGGAAGUCUGAGAUGAAGGCGGCCAGGACUCUGGGCGUGGUGGUGGUCGUGUUCCUCAUCUGUCUCUGCCCUUAUUUCUGUGUUACCCUCACAGGGCAGGACGCUCUGCUCAACCCUUCAUCCGUGGCCUUCGUCACCUGUCUGUUCUACUUCAACUCCUGCCUCAACCCCAUCAUCUACGCCUUCCUCUACCCCUGGUUCAGGAAGUGUCUCCGGCUCAUCGUCACGCUUCAGAUCCUGCAGCCCGACUCCAGCGAGGCCAACGUGCUGUAG